AUGAGUCAUGGCUUCGGCAGAUCAGAGAAGAUGCCGGUCCUGGCGCGGCCGCCGGUGGCCGCCGACGCGCUGGGCGCUGAGGGCGAGGCGGUGCGGCUGCAGCUUCAGGGCGAGGAGCUGCGGCUGCAGGAGGAGAGCGUGCGGCUGCACCAGAUCAACAUCUACCUCAGCGACCGCAUCUCGCUGCACCGCCGCCUGCCCGAGCGCUGGAACCCGCUAUGCAAAGAGAAGAAAUAUGAUUAUGAGAAUUUGCCCAGGACAUCUGUUGUCAUAGCAUUUUAUAAUGAAGCCUGGUCUACUCUCCUUCGGACAGUUUACAGUGUACUUGAGACAUCCCCAGACAUCCUGCUAGAAGAAGUCAUCCUUGUUGAUGACUACAGUGAUAGAGAGCACCUGAAGGAGCGCUUGGCCAAUGAACUGUCGGGCCUGCCCAAGGUGCGCCUGAUCCGUGCGAGCAAGAGGGAGGGCCUGGUGCGAGCCCGGCUGCUGGGGGCUUCCGCGGCCAAGGGCGAUGUGCUGACCUUCCUGGAUUGUCACUGUGAGUGCCACGAGGGGUGGCUGGAGCCGCUGCUGCAGAGGAUCCACGAGGAGGAGUCAGCAGUGGUGUGCCCCGUGAUUGAUGUGAUCGACUGGAACACCUUCGAGUACCUGGGGAACGCUGGGGAGCCCCAGAUCGGCGGUUUCGACUGGAGGCUGGUGUUCACGUGGCACAUGGUCCCCGAGAGGGAGAGGCAGCGGAUGCGGUCCCCAAUCGAUGUCAUCAGGUCUCCAACAAUGGCUGGUGGGCUGUUUGCUGUGAGUAAGAAAUAUUUUGAAUAUCUGGGGUCUUAUGAUACAGGAAUGGAAGUUUGGGGAGGAGAAAACCUCGAAUUCUCCUUUAGGAUCUGGCAGUGUGGUGGGACUCUGGAAACACACCCGUGUUCCCACGUUGGCCACGUUUUCCCCAAGCAAGCUCCCUAUUCCCGCAACAAGGCUCUAGCCAACAGUGUCCGUGCAGCUGAAGUGUGGAUGGAUGAAUACAAAGAGCUCUACUACCAUCGCAACCCCCGUGCCCUCUUGGAACCCUUUGGGGAUGUGACAGAGAGGAGGCAGCUCCGAGCCAAGCUCCAGUGUAAGGACUUCAAGUGGUUCUUGGAGACUGUGUAUCCAGAACUGCACGUGCCUGAAGACAGGCCUGGCUUCUUUGGGAUGCUCCAGAACAAAGGAUUAAAAGACUACUGCCUUGACUACAACCCUCCUGAUGAAAACCAGAUUGCAGGACACCAGGUCCUUCUGUACCAAUGCCAUGGGCUGGGCCAGAACCAGUUUUUUGAGUACACAUCCCAGAAUGAAAUACGCUAUAACACCCACCAGCCAGAGGCCUGUGUAGCUGUGGAAGCAGGAGUGGAUGUUCUCAUCAUGCAUUUAUGCCAAGAAACUGCCCCAGACAACCACAAGUUCAUCUUGCAGGAGGAUGGUUCCUUAUUUCACAUACAGUCCAAGAAAUGUGUCCAGGCUGUGAAGAAGGAAUUUAGCGACAGUUUCGUACCACUGCUACGAGACUGCACCAACUCAGAUCAUCAGAAAUGGUUCUUCAAGGAACGCAUGUGAUGAAGAGUCACUAUACCAGGGAGCCCAUCAGAGGAGAUUGUGGGAUGUGGACUCUGUGCCCAACAGAGACUUAACUAAGCACAGUGACCAGAGGCCACCAUAAGCUUAGCUGCUCUACCUUUAUAAGGAAAUCCUUUUGCCGUCUGUGAAAGUGAUGUUGGAUUUAGUAAAAAUGUAAAUAAGCUUUGUUUGAUUUUGAAAACUUUAGAAAUGUUCUAAAAUACCCUAUUUUCAAAGAGUAACCAUAAAAUGUUAACUUUUGGUAUUGGGAGAAUUAAAAGCUUAUAAUAUUUUUCUAUCAAGAUA